AUGAGUUUAGUUGGAGGAUUUCCUCAUCACCCUGUGGUACACGAUGGUUAUCCGUUCGCCGCCGCGGCAGCUGCGGCGGCCGCCAGCCGCUGUCAUGAAGAGAGCCCAUACUUCCACGGUUGGCUCAUCAGUCAUGCCGAGAUGUCUCCCCCCGAUUACACGAUGGCGCCCAACUACAGCCCCGAGUACGCGAACGGCGGCGGGGGCCUCGAUCACACGUCGUACGGGGGUGUUUCGUCGGCAGUGGCGGCGGCGGCGGCGGCGGGAGGCCGACCGACCAAGCGCAGGGGCACGGCUAACCGCAAGGAGAGGCGCAGGACUCAGAGCAUCAACAGCGCCUUCGCCGAGCUACGGGAGUGCAUCCCCAACGUGCCCGCGGACACCAAGCUGUCCAAGAUCAAAACCUUGCGUCUAGCCACCAGCUACAUCGCCUACCUCAUGGACCUCCUGGCGAAGGAUGACCAGAAUGGAGAGACGGAGGCCUUCAAAGCGGAAAUCAAAAAGGUGGAUGUUAAGGAGGAAAAGAGGAAGCGAGAGUUGAAUGAAGUUCUGAAGAAUACAGUCAGCAGCAGCGACAAGAAAACAAAAGGAAGGACUGGUUGGCCGCAGCACGUCUGGGCUUUGGAACUCAAACAGUGAGAGCUUGAACCUGACCUUAGAAGGUGGGGGU